AUGGCUCCUUCUUCUCUGAGGAGCCUCCUAUUGGGCUCUCUGGCCCUCUGGCCUGGUCUGGUCAUGGCUUCCCAGAACUCAACUUACUCGCAGGCUGAUCAACUACGGGCACAACUAGCUCUCAUGGGUGAUCGCCCAGAUGGCUGUCCUCCUUGUUUCAAUUGUCUCCUUCCUGCACACACGUGUGCUCAAUAUGCUGGCUGUAAUGAGUUCAACGGAAAAUGCGCCUGUCCUGAGGGAUUUGGCGGUGAUGACUGCCUCGAGCCACUGUGUGGCUCACUUCCCAAGGGAAAAGAUCGCCCAAUGCGAUCUGGCGCAUCAUGCGAUUGCGACGAGGGCUGGACUGGCAUCAAUUGCAAUGUCUGUACUGACAAUAAAGCCUGCAACGCGCUCAUGGAAACCGGCGAAGGCGGUGUCUGUUACCAGAAUGGCGAGGUUGUGAACCACAACUAUCAGAUCUGCGAUGUCACCAACGAGAAGAUCACGUCUUUACUCGGCAAGCAGCGCCCGGAAGUCACGUUCACGUGUAAACAAGAGGACCAGACUUGUGAUUUCCAAUAUGCUAUCGAAUCUUUCUACUGCCAUCUCUCCGAAUGCGAUUCGAGCGCUGAUUGGGAGGAAGAGAAGAACACAACUUCCUACAAAUGCAAUAAGAUCAGCUGCAGCUGUAUUCCCGAUCGUAUGCUUUGCGGAAAAGAUGGAUCUAUUGAUCUCACAGACUUCCUUGACCAAUCUAUCCAAGGCCCAGGACGAUUCGAAUGCACCCAGAAGCAUGGCGGUACUCACGACUGUGCUUUCAGAGAACCCGAGAUGGAUGCCCUGAUUCUAGCCCUAAUCGGUGACUCUAGCAUUCUUCUUAGCUGCCACGCUGGCGAAUGUCUCUACGAGACAGAGGUCCCAGGAUAUAAGCGUCCUGUCAAGAAGAUCAACACACCUCUUAUUGCCGGCGUGAUUGCGGGCUGCUCUCUUUUCUUGGUUGCUGUAAUUAUCUUGACAUGGUAUCUGUCGAGGCGUAAGUUAAGCUACGGAGCCAUCCGUUUGGAGGACUCAGAUGACGAGAGCACGAAACUGAUGACCGACCACAAACCCGCAUCCCUCUACUUUGACGAUGUUGCGUACACUUUAAAUGGUAAACAGAUCCUUACCGGAAUCCGUGGUAUCUGCAAGCCUGGAGAGGUCACCGCCAUUAUGGGUGCGUCUGGAGCAGGAAAGACAACAUUCCUCGAUAUUCUCGCACGAAAGAACAAGCGUGGGCAAGUUCAUGGUAACUUUUACGUCAACGGCGAGAAGGUCAACGAUAAUGAUUACAAGAAUGUUGUUGGAUUUGUUGAUCAGGAGGACACCAUGCUCCCUACCCUUACCGUUCAUGAGACCAUUCUCAACAGUGCUCUACUUCGACUUCCUCGCGACAUGGGUCGUGCUGCCAAAGAACAACGUGUGGUUGAGGUCGAAAAGGAACUCGGCAUUCAUCACAUUCGUGAUUCCCUGAUUGGUUCUGAGGAGGGCAAGGGGCGUGGCAUCUCGGGCGGUGAGAAGCGACGUGUAGGAAUUGCUUGCGAACUGGUCACCAGCCCUUCGAUUCUGUUCCUCGAUGAACCGACCAGUGGUCUUGAUGCGUACAAUGCGUACAAUGUGGUUGAGUGUCUCGUCACUCUGGCGAAAACAUACAAACGAACCGUCAUUUUCACAAUUCAUCAACCUCGAUCCAACAUUGUGGCCCUCUUUGACAGACUCGUGCUGCUAGCACAAGGACGUACCGUUUACUCGGGCCCUUUCAACCAAUGUCAAAGCUAUUUCGACGAAAUCGGCUACGAAUGCCCCCCUGGUUUCAAUAUUGCUGAUUAUCUUGUUGACCUUACCAUGCAUGCUGGCAGUACUCAAUCCAUUGAUAACGGUACUGUGGGCCUUGACAAUAACAGUGUUGGGCCAAGCAGCACCCGUGCUAUCAAAUCUGUGGCAAGCAUAUCAGGCACUACUUCGGGAGACGAUGACGCCAGCUCGAGCCGACCUCAGAAUCGGCGUAGAGACUCGGUCAAGAUCCGCCAGGAUCGCGAGCUCUUCACACGCAGAAAGACGGUUGACACGGCAGCCUCCUCAGAUGCUGGAGGUGAGGACAAUGGGGCCUAUCGCCUUCAUCAAAACCCUGUCGACUCUACCCCCGCAACCAUCCUUGACGACCCUCAUGACUUGCCUCCAGCAGCAGCCACUGGCACGGACCUCGACAUUAUGACACGUGCAUUUAUCCACUCGGAAAUCGCUUCAUCAACACAUGAUGAGAUCCAGCGUGCCAUCCAAAUCGCACAAGAUGCCAAUGGCUCCAACGCAAAUGGUUACACCGUUGAGGGACCCAAUGUUCAUGUCAGUGCUGUUGGAAAGGGCUAUGCCCGAGUUGGCUACUUACGUCAGUUCAUCAUUCUGUCUCAAAGGACUUGGAAGAACUUGUAUCGAAACCCGAUGUUGAUGCUUACCCAUUUCGCUAUCGCCAUCGUGCUCGCUGUCUUUUCAGGAUAUCUCUUCUAUGGUCUUACGGACGACAUCCCUGGCUUCCAGAACCGACUUGGUCUCUUCUUCUUCCUGCUCGCUUUGUUCGGUUUCAGCACACUCACAAGUCUGAACGUAUUCGCCACCGAACGACUUCUUUUUGUUCGCGAACGUGCCAACGGUUACUAUGCACCAGCCACUUAUUUUGCGGCCAAGGUGCUGUUCGACAUAAUCCCUCUUCGAAUCGUUCCUCCCAUCCUCAUGGGUUCCAUAAUCUAUCCUAUGACCGGCUUGGUGGCAGACUCAACGCACUUCUUCAACUUUAUAUUGGUGCUGGUACUCUUCAACAUGGCUGCUGCGGCCGUCUGUCUCUUUAUUGGAAUUGUUUGCAAGGAUGGCGGAGUCGCGAACUUGAUCGGCAGCUUGGUCAUGCUUUUUAGUCUUCUUUUCGCUGGCUUCCUCCUGAAUCACGAUGCCACUCCUAAGGGUGCUCUUUGGCUCCAGACCCUGUCGAUCUUCCACUACGGCUUCGAGUCGCUUAUUGUCAAUGAGGUUCUUCAGCUUACCCUCGUGGACAGCAAGUACGGACUGGACAUCACUGUGCCUGGUGCAGCCAUCCUUAGCUCCUUUGGAUUCAACAAUAAUGCCAUGUGGCCUGACAUCAGGAAUUUGGGUAUUUUUGCUGCCGUCUUUAUCAUAUUGUCUUAUGCUGCUAUGCAUUUCUUGCUCGUCGAAAGACGAUAA